CGCGUGAUCCUCCCCGCUUCGUCCCGCACCAACUUCCCCACUGGCCUUGGCUUCUCCCUUCCCCCCCUCUCCCUCUCCCGCUCCCGCUCCCGCCUGAUUUUACUAACCGCUUCCGCCUUCCGGGAUUAUUAGCGCGCGAGACCCACCGCUAUAAUAACGCCGCUAGCGACUACCCAGUGGCUGCUUAACACGACACGCAUCGUGCUUCCGCCUGGCUGUUAGCGCGGCCGGCUACCAGCUCAGCCCAGCCAAGCUAGGGUUAGGGUUUGCGGCGAGCGCAUGCGCCUGGGAUGAUGACGCCGCAGCGGUCGCCGGCGGUGAUGGCGGGGGGAGGAGGGGGAGGCGGUGGGGGCGGUGGCGGGACGCCGGCGCUGCACUACCUGAGCGGGCCCUACGGGGACACGACGUACACCAAGGUGUUCGUGGGGGGCCUGGCGUGGGAGACGCGGAGCGAGGGCCUGCGCGCGCACUUCGAGGCCUACGGCGACAUCCUCGAGGCCGUCGUCAUCACCGACCGCGCCACCGGGAGGUCCAAGGGAUACGGAUUCGUGACCUUCCGGGAUCCAGAUUCGGCGAGGAUGGCCUGCAUGGACCCCUAUCCGGUAAUUGACGGGCGGCGUGCCAACUGUAAUCUUGCCAUCCUGGGGCGACCUGGACCAGCUGUGCCUUUUGGACCUAUAAGGCCGGUCAUUCCAUACAAUGGAGGUGCGGCGGUUCCAGGAGGCAUGUAUGUACCAAGCCCAACAUAUCAGCAACCCCCCUACAACUACUCGCAGGCUCUUGUGUAUCCCCCUUAUGGGCCAUCAACGUAUGGACCCGAAUACUUGUAUCCACAGAAUGCCUAUGGUCCAUAUGUUGGACAACAGUAUGUCCCGGUGUAUGGUGGUCCCAGAACAGUAGGGCCAGCGGUUUACCCAUAUGGGCAGUUCGGCCAACCUGUGCCAAGUGAUCAUUCUUAUUCACCUGGCUAUGUGCCAGGUCACCUUCUCCCACUAUCUAAUCAAAAUGCUGCAAAUGCGCGUGCAUCAGCGGUUCAGCAACAAUAUCCUCCAGGAGCUCCGCGCCCUCAGCAACAGCUCUUGCUCCCUGCUCGCGUGCAACAGUUCCCACCAAACAACGUCUCCGAACAAAUGUCGGGAUGACAAAAGGGAUGCCAGUGACAAAUUGGAGGUAUCCUCUAGUCUGCAGCAGGACUAAGAACAGCAGUACUGCUAAUUGGGCGGCGUGCUUCUUUUCUUGCAAACUGUUUUCUUUUUCAUUCUUAAAGGUUGUCCUUAUCCAUGGUUACUUGCAACACUUAUAAUGUGAAUGUUAAGCCGCUCCGUUGGAUGGGGCGGGAAGCACAGAGCAAGAGCUGGAGAAUGAAGCCACUCUUGCUCUGUUCAGUCAGUGUCUUGUACAUUCCCCAUCCCCUACAGGAAUUCUGAUAGCUGGUGGUCUGUGCCUGGGACCAAACUGGAUGCCCGAAAAGGAGUUCGGACAUCCAACCUGUGUAUAGUAGUAGUAGCUCAUGUAGGGUUCAAAUCUUAGAACAGUUCAAUUCUUUCGGUCGCAUCUGGUUCAUGCUGUGUAUAUCCAUUCUCGUCCUUCUCGUAUCAUGUGUGAAUGUGGUGUAUAGGUCCUUCAAUGUCAUAGUGUCUUUCUGUUGGCUAUGUAAAUUAUUAUCCCUAAACUGAACUUGUAUAUCAGUUACAUCACCGUGUAAUUAAAUAAGGCCAAUUCUACCCUGUAAAAAUAAUAUGAUUCGUUGCAAGUUGCAACGCAUGGAAGAAUUGCAGUUGUCUA